CGUGACGGCGCGGGGAGACGCGAGGGAUGGCCGCCGCCGCCCACGGCUCUGGAGAGAGCGGCCCUCAAGGGGCAGCGGCGGCGGCGGCGGUAGCCUGCCAGCCGCCUCGCCCUCCCGCAUCUGCCGCGACAAGAAUGCGGCGGGAGUAGUGGCAGAGGUCGCCCUCGCCUUCUGUUCCGAAGCAGCUGAGUUUGAUUCUGGAACUGCUAAUAAUGCACUAAUGUGCCAGAGGACAUAUCAUCUCCUUUUGGUUGGUGAAGCUUUGAAAUUCUUCGCCUCCAAGCGGAUACGUGCAAACACCGAUUUGCUUCUCCUGCUAGUCUGGCAGCAGACAGCCACAGAACGACGGCACAUGCCUAAAUCAGAAGCGGGCCAUUUGAUUAGAAACACAUCAAAGCGGUGACCAGAUGAUUCUGAUACUCACGUUAGGAGAGCAUCAAGUUAUGUCACCAUCACAGCUGUGGAAAUUUCUCAAGGUCAUUGAUAGCUAUCACAAAUUCUGUUGUUCUUCCAGAGUCUGGUGGAGGAGUUUCAUCAGGACUUGUGUCAAAUGAAACAAGUUCAUACUUUGCUAUGUCGUAGAAAUUUAUCUUGAAAUGAUGGGGGAGGAUCAGCAUUCUAAUUUAGUUCAAAUGUGAAACUUCAGGAAGAAAUUAAGUCCUGUCCGUUCCCCAAAGGUGCUUCUCCAUUAGAGGCUAGAGCGCAUGGUCAACAACAUUACUUGCUAUAGGAAAUGACCUUAUCAUCGUGCGUACUGGUUGCAACUGUGGAGGUCCUAUUAAUAUGCCUAGUCUCUUUCACAUUUCCCCUAAUUUUUGGACUGUUAUAGCCCUGCAAUGAUGUGAUGAAAAACGAGAUGAUGUUGUCACAUCAAAGAGAUCUAGUACCUAACUAUCUAAUCCACAUAGCCCAUGUGGUUGGUUAUUCGGCACUCCACUGGUACCUUUCAGUGUUAAGUUGAAAGUUUCAUAAGAAUACGGAGCAUCUAAAUAGUUCCUGAAAGCAACAUGGAGUCUAGAGGCAUCUAUAUUAUAAUUUAAUUGAUUCUCUUCAGCCUGCUCUAGGUUUUGAAAAGUUCUCUGAUUGCUUAGAGAACUUUGAAUUUUCUGAGUAUAACAGUAUAAGAAGGGUUCCUUUUCGUAACCUUCAUGCAAGAUGAUUUGAAGGGAGGAUUCAGUGACUAGUAGAGAGAUGGGAAACUGCACCAGUUUUACUUCUCCAAAAUGGAGAUUAAGUGAACUUCACAGCAAUGGUAUGGUUUCUGUUGACGAGGAUGGAACUCAUGAAGGCAUAAAGAUAAUUCGGAUUCAGAAAGCCUGUGAAUUCACCACCAAUUCAGUUCUUUGUGUCUGCAUUAUAACCUGGAACAUGAACGGAAAGAUGUCUGUGGACGAUGUAACAAAGUUAGUAAGCUCCAACAGGAAAUUUGAUUUGCUAGUUGUCGGUUUGCAAGAAGUACCAAAGUGUGAUGUUGCACAAGUUCUGCAAGAAACCAUGGUUGAGACACACAUUCUGUUAUGCCAGAAAGCCAUGCAGUCUCUUCAGAUGUUUCUUUUUGGAGCAAAGAGUUCAGAGAAAUACAUCAGAGAGUUGAAGGUGGACAAGCAUGCAGUUGGAGGUUGCGGGGGUAUAAUUGGAAGAAAGAAAGGAGCUGUAGCCAUGUACAUCAAUUUCAGUGGGAUCAGUAUGGUUUUUAUAUCUUGCCAUCUUGCAGCUCAUGAACACAAGGUGGAGAAGAGGAACUCAGAAUGCCAGCACAUUUCACACUCACUGUUCUCCAAGAAUGAUAUACAAUAUACCAAAUCUGCAGACAUAACAGUGUGGCUUGGUGACUUGAAUUACAGACUAGAAGGAAUAAGCUCAAUACCUGCAAGGAAGUUGAUUGAAGAGAAUCGUCAAAGUAAACUAAGUGGCAAGGACCAGCUUCUUCAAGAAGCUGAAAAGGGUGAAAUAUUCAAUGGAUACUGCGAAGGGACCUUGUUGUUUAAGCCAACGUACAAGUAUAACAUAGGGAGUAGCAACUACGAUACAAGUCAUAAGAUCAGAGUUCCAUCUUGGACAGAUAGGAUACUGUUCAAGGUUGACCACUCUUCCGGCUUGGGUGCGAUCUUGAGCUCAUAUGAAGCACUCGAUUGCAUUAGGAGUUCGGAUCACAAACCUGUCAGAGCCCAUCUUUGUCUGAAAGUACACGAUGACAGUGCAUAGAUAGAUAUUUCUAG